GGUGAUGUGAGAGAGCGCGCUCGCGGUGCAUGCGGUGGUCGGCCGCAUCGCAGCAGGCGGCGACGGCGAUAACAAUGCACUGUCAGUUGACGUUUGAACGUCGCGACGUGCGGAAGCCGGUUGUUUGGAUUGGAAAACGGUUUAGAUUUGGGUAUAUUGGCGACGGGGUUCACAGGUGGCUGCAACAAGUUUGCGUUGAUUGACGAUAGGUUCUGUUCUCGAUAGUUGUUAGUGAAGCGGUUAGUGAGUGAUUUAGCGUGUAAACAAACGAGCAGCAGCGAGGCGAGAUAGCGCGGGCGCGGAAAGUAAACACCAACCCGCACAAAUCUGUCUAAUUAAUUAGCGCGCAUCACUAUCAAGUGGGUACAAUUAAAAUUAAAUAAAAAUUGUUGCUUCAAGCAUCGCGGUUGAUCGAGAAGAAGGAAACGACGAGUAGUGAGCGAGCGAGAGUAUGUGAACCGCGGAGUGAUUUGUUGUCUUAUUUUUAAUUAAGAGCUCCGGAGCGAUAACCACAUGGUCGAGGUCUGGCGGGAUUUUUUUCCAUGAAUGAAACUCCGAAGAGCGAGGAGGAUCGUCAUCAUCAUCAGCAGCACUGAAGAGCGAGUGCAUGUCACUGUGACAACAGGCAAAGCAACGGCAAAAGCUUAUAAUUAUUCAAAUAUUUAACUUUUCAAAGAGAGAUAAAUAACACACCGGAGCGCUAUUGCUGCUGGAAUGCUCCGCAAGUGUCAGGCAGUAGGCGACGAAACAAGUGCUGAAAUUUAUUAGUGUUUAGCCUGUUUAGCAACAUCACAGCCUACUGUACAGCCGAAGAAGCGACAAGAGUCGUGGCGAAGCACACGGAAGAAAAAAAAGAGCGAAUCGGAAGAAUUUCUCAAAAAGAAGAUAUCACUUUGCGCGCGAGUUAUUUUAAUUAGAAAACGCAACCAACAGCACUCGGUGGCAUUUGAAGUGCAGUCGCGGUACGGUUCAAGAAAAAAAUAAAGUGCAAUUUGCACACACAGCGACUGUAACAACUGUGGGAAGGUAAGGCGAAGAGGCACCACGCUGGUGUGAAAUUUGAGAAGUUUGAAGUCGAAGCCAAGCAGGCUCGGCAGACCCCUGCACUCAAGUGAUUUCAGUUUUAGUGAGUGUGAAGAAAAGCAAAACAAAUAGGUGCAAGCAAGUGCAGGAAAGAAGUGUUGUGUAAUUCGAUCAUUACUGCCUACCUACUAGUCGGUCGAAGAAGCCGGGUUCCACCAUCGCAUCGAUUGGAUCGGGACGACGACAGGCUGAGGAGGUGAGCUAAGCAGGCGGAAGGAAUUUUGCAACCCGGCAACCGCAGCCAGUCAGCCAGCCAGCCGGUGCCCGCUGACUUGGAUCCUUCGGCCAACAAGAUAGUUGCCGACAGCAGUCAGUUAUCCCAGAUGAUGACGAUGGACGUCACCAAGCCGGAACCGCCGUCCGGUGGCGGCGGUGGUGUUGGAGGCAGUGUUGCCAGCGGAAAUGGUUCGCAGCAGUCUGGGCCCGUAACCGGCGGCGGUCAAAAUGGAAUUGGGAACGGCAAUGGCCCGCAUAGUCACAAUCACAACCAGCAGCUGUGCGCCGGCUGCGGGAAACACAUUCAGGAUCGGUUUUUGCUGCGGGCACUGGAUCUGCUGUGGCACGAGGAUUGUUUGAAAUGUGGUUGCUGCGAUUGUCGCCUCGGGGAGGUUGGAUCCACAUUGUACACCAAGGGCAAUCUGAUGCUGUGCAAGCGGGAUUAUCUGAGCUUGAAAAAUUCCAGGCUGUUUGGCAACACUGGCUUCUGCGCCGCGUGCAACAAAGUGAUACCGGCCUUCGAGAUGGUGAUGCGGGCCCGGAACAAUGUGUAUCAUCUGGAGUGCUUCGCCUGUCAGCAGUGCAAUCAUCGGUUCUGCGUCGGGGACAAGUUCUACCUGUGCGAGAACAAAAUCCUCUGCGAGUACGACUACGAGGAACGGUUGGUGUUCGCCUCGAUGGCCAACCACCCGAUGCUGAAACGUCAAAUCGGAACGGGGGGUCCACAGCAGCAGCAACAGCAACAACAACAGCAGCAAGGGGGUGGCGUCGGAGCCGGAGGUCAUCCACACCCGGUUCAGAACGGCAUCGGAGGAGGCCAUGGAUCGGGACCGGGACAGCAGCAGCAGCAAGGUCAAUCGCAGAACUCGCUGAUGUCGCAGCUGGUGGCCGGGCAGCGGGCUGCCGGAGGCGACCAUAACAAUAACAGUAAUCUACCGGUGUCACUCGGUGGCGGCGGUCCGUCACCGUUCGGGACGCCUACGCACAUGAAGGCCGCCCUCAGCUCCGCUAGUUAAAUUUGCGUUGUUCCUUCUUUUCACCGCCUAUAUCUGUAUGUAGCUGUUGUGUAUGUUCUGGGUGAAGAAACAAAGGGAUGGAAAAUUACUCAAAUUACUCGAAAAGCCGAAAAAACUCACAACGAUGUGCAAUAUUUUUGAACUGCGCUCUCAUCCCAGCGCACUCGACGACAUAUUCGGCUGUCAUUAAUUGUUGCGUCAGAAGAAGAAAACCUAACCUAUCAAAGCAGCCAUGUGCCAACAAAGCGAAAACGCAUUGCGAGACCCCUCGUUUCACGUUCGCGUGGUGCGCCGCGCAUCAAUGUGUCAUAUUUUUCGCGAUCGCCUACUGCGUUGUUUAUUUUUUUUGUCGCGGUGCAUAACUGCACACGCGAGUGCCAUAAAUUUAUGCAGUUUUUUUUUCGAGGAAAAAACGGAAAUCAGUUCAGCAUAAAUCAAAUUUACUCAAUUAGAUAAGCCCGCGAUUGGUGGUGCGAAGGAAGGCGGGUUUGUUUAACACUUCAUUUUGCGCUAUUUGGAGCGAAUAAAUUACGCUGCACUGGUGUUCAGCGCGCUCUGCGGGAUGAGAUAAAAACGGGACAGACAGAUUCUCUUCAGGAAUUCCUCGAGGAAUCCGUUCAGGAAUUCAUCCAGGAAUCGCUUCAUAAAUUCCUCCAGGAUUUCCUUCAAGAAUUCCUCUAGGAAUUCCUUCAGGAUUUCCUGGAGGAAUUCCUAAAAGGAUUCCUCGAGAGAUUCCAGGAGAAAUUCAUAGAGGAAUUCUUGGAGAGAUUUCUGAAGGGGUUUCUGGAAGAAUUCCUGAAGAGAUUCUUGCAGGAAUUCCUGAAGAGAUUCCUGGAGGAAUUCCCGAAGGGAUUCCUGGAGGAAUUCCCGAAGAGAUUCCUGGGGAAUUUCCCAAAGGGAUUCCUGGAGGAAUUCUCGAAGGGAUUCCUGGAGGGAUUUCCGAAGGGAUUCCUGGAGGAAUUCCUGGAGAAAUUGCUGGAGGGAUUCCUGGAGAAAUUUCUAGAGGAAUCCUUGGAGAAUCCUUACGGGAUACCUGGAGGAAUUCCUGAAGGGAUUCCUGGCGGAAUUUCUUGAGGAAUUC